UAAAGGCAAUCAAACUUCCAAACUGCUCACUUAAAUAUUAAUAUUUAGAACACUUCUGUUCAUAAGUUGGGACUGGGUAUUGUCUUUCAUGCAUUCCUUUACUCUUUGUAAAACUCAUGUACUAUAUUUUUUCCCAAAAGCAAAAAGACAGUAUUAUAACUUGAAAUGCUUCAUGUAGCUAUAUUAAUAUUGGUCUUUAAAAGGUAAUUACAUUGUUCUCCUUUAGGAAAAUGCCAUUUAAGUUCUACAGAAGCUUCUCAAACAACUUUUUGGGUCUUAUUUGAAAUUUAGUCCAUUAGGUUUAUUCCAGAUAAUUGGUGAAAAAAAACCAAACAGCUUGUUACCUAAUACUGUUGAAAAGGCCUUUAUGACAGUUUAAUCUAUAACAUGAUGAUUUUCUUUUAUUGAGACAACUCUAGAACAUGUUGCACAUGCUUCAACUGUCCCACAAAAUCACCUGUAGUAAUUGUUAAACUUGAAUGAAGAGAAUUGGGGAAAACACUUUAUGAUUUGAUUUAGGCAUUUCCUUUUUUGCUUUUGCUUUUUUAGAUAAUUUAGACAUAGACUUUUAUUUUCAUUUGAAUUUGUAUUUUGUAAUAGGAAUUGAAAUCUGGCCAAUCUGAGGAUUUCUUCAGUUAGUGUCUGAAGAGGAUAAAAUUAAGCAUUUCUAGUUUGCCAUAACUCCAAAUGUCAUUUGCUUAUGUAGCUUAGUUAUUUAAACACUGACUCCUAAAAGAGAAAAUGACUGAAUGAAAAGGUUUUGUUCUUUUAUAAAUGGAAAAACUGGGGCAGCUAGGUGGCGUAGUGGAUAGAGCACUGGCCCUGGAUUCAGGAGUACCUGAGUUCAAAUCCGGCCUCAGACACUUAACACUUACUGGCUAUGUGACCUUGGGCAAGUCACUUAACCCCAAUUGCCUCACAAAAAAAAAAAAUGGAAAAACUAACACCCUUAUUCUAAAGACCCUCUAGUAUGUUCUUGGACAUAUAUACAUAUAUUUAGUGAGGUCCUCCUGUGUAUGUAUCAGUAACUAAGGUCAGCCUGCACUUUACAGAAUUCACUUUUGUUCUCCAGGUCAUAUUAGCUACUACAAAAAAUCAGACUGUGUAAUUUGAAGACAAAGCUUUUUCUUUUGACAGAAAAAAAAAAUUAUACCUAAAAAGGUUGUUAUGCCUGUGCAGAUCAACUUGUGUUAUAAAAAAGGAACUAAAUGAUUUUUGGUAGAUUCUAAUUUAGGACAAGAUGAAGUACUGAUGAAAAGUCUAUUAUCUACUGUGAUUAUUAGAAGUUAUUGAACUUAUGAAACUAUGGCAGAGAGAGAGACGGCUUCAUCUGUGCCUCCAAAGUGUGGGCCAUACAUCUCUUCUGUCACUAGUCGGAGUAUGAACUUGAUGAUUCGUGGAGUAGUUCUGUUUUUGAUUGGAGUAUUUCUUGCAUUAGUAUUAAAUCUACUUCAGAUUCAGAGAAAUGUCACACUCUUUCCACCUGAUGUGAUUGCAAGCAUCUUUUCUUCAGCAUGGUGGGUACCACCAUGCUGUGGCACAGCUUCAGCUGUGAUUGGGUUAUUAUACCCCUGCAUUGACAGGCAUCUGGGAGAACCACAUAAAUUUAAAAGAGAGUGGUCCAGUGUAAUGCGAUGUGUAGCAGUCUUUGUUGGUAUAAAUCAUGCCAGUGCUAAAGUAGAUUUUGACAACAAUAUACAGUUGUCUCUCACACUAGCUGCACUAUCCAUUGGUCUAUGGUGGACUUUUGAUAGAUCACGAAGUGGUUUUGGCCUUGGAGUAGGAAUUGCUUUCUUGGCAACCUUGGUCACUCAACUACUAGUCUAUAAUGGGGUUUAUCAAUAUACAUCUCCAGAUUUUCUUUAUGUUCGUUCUUGGUUACCAUGUAUAUUUUUUGCUGGUGGCAUAACAAUGGGAAACAUUGGUCGACAACUGGCUAUGGUUUCUAAGACUAUCUUAAUAUAAGAAUUCCUGGAAAGUACCUCCACUAAAGGCCUAUCUUGAUGCCUUAUCAUGUCAUGGAGGUGAUCCUGGGUUUUUGAAGAGCAGGACAACUGAGGGCAAGUCUUACUAACUUCUGCUAGGUUCUACUAAGCUGGAAAGAAAUUUUCAUCAAAUAUGGGCCCAUUGAUCAAAACUUUUUUUUUUAAUUUUUUUUUUAAUGGACCCAAUGACAAAUUACAUAUCUGAUGCCUGAGCACCAGCCUCACUUAUUAUUCAGAGAGUUUGACCACAGGAUCAUGCAUUUUUAGACCAUUCUUCAAGAUUGUCUACUAAGUAAUAGAGAAAUUGAGGGGGUAUGGCUAGAUAACCUCUAAAAGGAGCACCAAACGCAAGUCCUAAUCUUGGUGAAAAGGGUUACAACAGGUACAGAUGAUGGGUGGGGUGAGAGGUGUGGUACUGAUAACUACUACACAACAUAAGAACAUAAGAAGUAUGAUUGUUUGAAAAACAAUGUGGCCAAGAUUAGAAGGAAAUCCAAAAACUGGAGAAAAAAUUUUAUGUCAAGUUUCUCUGAUAAAAGCCUCAUUUCUCACAUAGAUAGAGAACUGAGUCAAAUUUAUAUGAAUACAACUUGUCCUCCAGUUGAUAAGUGGUCAAAGGAUGCGAACAGGCAGUUUUCAG